CGGGGACUGGUCCUGCCAAGCCGAGUGGCGGGAAAGGCUGUGGUCCCGCGCAUGAGGGCCGGGGUUCCGCGGGGAUCCUGAGCGCCGGCGGGGAGCGGGCCUCGUCAUUUCAGUCUCCACCUACCUUCUCUCUCUGUUGGCUGGCCCACAGAUGUAUGAACUUGUACAUGAUGAAUUGUGAACUUCUAGCCACAUGUAGUGCCCUUGGGUACUUGGAGGGAGACACUUAUCACAAGGAACCAGAUUGCUUAGAGAGUGUGAAGGAUUUGAUCCGCUACUUGAGGCAUGAGGAUGAGAUGCGAGAUGUGCGGCAGCAGCUGGGAGCAGCCCAGAUCCUGCAGAGUGACCUUCUACCCAUCCUUAUCCAACACCGCCAGGACAAGCCUCUCUUUGAUGCUGUUAUCAGGCUGAUGGUGAACUUGACACAACCAGCCUUGCUCUGUUUUGGCAGUGUGCCCAAGGAGCCUAGCUUCCGGCACCAUUUUCUGCAGGUGCUAGCUUACUUGCAGGCCUACAAAGAGGCCUUUGCCAGUGAGAAGGCUUUUGGAGUCCUCAGUGAAACCUUGUAUAAACUGCUGCAGCUGGGCUGGGAGGAACGGCAGGAGGAAGACAACUUGCUGAUUGAGCGGAUCCUGCUGCUGGUCAGAAAUAUUCUCCAUGUCCCAGCUGACCUUGAUCAGGAGAAGAGGAUCGAUGAUGACGCCAGUGUCCAUGACCAGCUUCUCUGGGCGAUUCAUCUUAGUGGCCUGGAUGACCUGCUCCUCUUCCUGGCCAGCUCGCCUGCUGAGCAGCAGUGGAGCCUGCAUGUGCUAGAGAUUGUCUCCCUUAUGUUUCGUGACCAGAACCCUGAGCAGUUGGCAGGAGUAGGACAGGGACACUUAGCUCAGGAGCGGAACACAGAUAUGGUAGAACUGGAGGCAUUGCGCCAGCGAGAGAUGGCAGAAAAGAAGACUCGAGCCCUUCAGCGAGGCAACAGGCAUUCUCGAUUUGGGGGCUCCUACGUUGUCCAGGGGUUGAAGUCCAUUGGGGAGAGGGACCUCAUCUUUCACAAAGGUCUCCACAAUCUCCAAAACUAUAGUUCAGAUUUGGGAAAGCAGCCCCGAAGGGUGCCUAAACGUCGCCAGGCUGCCCAGGAGCUGACCAUUCAGCGCCGCUCUGCCCUCAAUGUGAGACUCUUCCUCAGAGACUUCUGCUCUGAGUUCCUGGAGAACUGUUAUAACCGGCUCAUGGGCUCGGUGAAGGAUCACCUGCUUCGGGAGAAGGCUCAGCAGCACGAUGAGACCUACUACAUGUGGGCCUUGGCUUUCUUCAUGGCCUUCAACCGAGCGGCCUCCUUCCGGCCAGGCCUGGUUUCUGAGACCCUCAGUGUCCGUACCUUCCACUUCAUUGAGCAGAACCUCACCAACUACUAUGAGAUGAUGCUGACUGACCGCAAGGAAGCCACCUCCUGGGCACGCCGGAUGCACCUGGCUCUGAAGGCCUAUCAGGAGCUGCUGGCUACAGUGAAUGAGAUGGACAUGUCCCCGGAGGAGGCUGUGAGGGAGAGUAGCCGCAUCAUCAAGAACAAUAUUUUCUAUGUGAUGGAGUACCGAGAACUAUUCCUGGCACUCUUCAGAAAGUUUGAUGAGAGGUGCCAGCCCCGCUCUUUCCUUCGUGACCUGGUGGAGACCACCCACCUCUUCCUCAAGAUGUUGGAGCGGUUCUGUCGGAGCCGUGGGAACCUGGUAGUUCAGAACAAACGAAAGAAGAGAAAAAAGAAAAAGAAAGUUCUAGACCAGCCUGUUGCUUCUGGAAUUGUCCCCUCUAGCCCAGAGGAACUGGAGGCUGUGUGGCCAUCCAUGGCUGAGCAGCUACAAUGCUGUGCCCAGGGUCCUGAGCUCAGUUUGGACUCCACGGUUCCCUUUGAUGCGGCCUCAGAGGUGCCAGUGGAAGAGCAGCGGGCAGAAGCCAUGGUGCGGAUCCAAGACUGUCUCCUGGCUGGCCAAGCCCCACAGGCCCUGACCCUCCUUAGGUCUGCCCGGGAGGUAUGGCCAGAAGGAGAUGCGUUUGGCUCUCAAGAUAUUUCCCCAGAGGAAGAGAUCCAGCUGCUGAAACAAAUCCUCUGUGCCCCGCUUCCCCGGCAGCAGGGGCCAGAGGAACGAGGGGCAGAGGAAGAAGAGGAAGAAGAAGAGGAGGAGGAGGAAGAGUUGCAGGUGGUCCAGGUGUCAGAGAAAGAAUUUAAUUUCCUGGACUACCUGAAACGCUUUGCAAGCUCAACCGUCAUCCGAGCCUACGUGCUGCUGCUGCGGAGCUACCGGCAGAACAGUGCCCACACCAACCACUGCGUUGUCAAGAUGCUGCACCGGCUGGCCCAUGACCUCAAAAUGGAAGCCCUACUUUUCCAGCUCUCACUCUUCUGCCUCUUCAAUCGUCUGCUUAGUGACCCUGCUGCUGGGGCCUACAAAGAACUAGUGACUUUUGCCAAAUACAUCCUGGGCAAGUUCUUUGCAUUGGCUGCAGUCAACCAAAAAGCCUUCAUGGAGCUGCUGUUCUGGAAGAACACAGCUGUGGUUCGAGAGAUGACCGAGGGCUAUGGCUCCCUGGAUGGCGGAUCUGCUAGUCGCAGACACCCUGUGUGGAGCCCAGAGGAGGAGGCCCAGCUUCAGGAACUGUAUCACUCCCAUAAGGAUGUGGAAGGUCAGGAUGUGGUGGACGCCAUCUUGGCAAAUCUGAAUACUGUCCCUCGAACACGCAAGCAGAUCAUCCACCAUCUGGUACGGCUGGGACUGGCUGACAGUGUCAAGGACUUCCAAAGGAAAGGAACCCGUAUCGUACUGUGGACAGAAGAUCAGGAGAUGGAGCUGCAGCGGCUUUUUGAGGAGUUCCAGGACUCAGAUGAUGUCCUGGGUCAUAUCAUGAAGAACAUCACAGCCAAACGCUCACGGGCCCGAAUAGUGGACAAACUGCUGGCUCUGGGGCUGGUGGCCGAGCGGCGGGAGCUAUAUAAGAAACGCCGGAAGAAGUUGGCGCCCUCGAGUUUGCCUGAUGGAGAGGAGUCCCUGAAAGAUUUUUGCCAGGAAGAUCUGGAAGAAGAGGAAAACCUGCCAGAGGAAGAGAGUGAAGAGGAUGAAGAGAAAGAUGAGGGCUCAGAAACAGAACAAGCCCAGGGUAGCACAGUCCUUUCAACUGAAAAUCUUGGGCAAAGCCUACAUCAGGAAGGCUUUUCUGCUCCGCUCCUAUGGCUCCAGAACUGCCUGAUUCGAGUAGCAGAUGAUCGGGAAGCAGAUGGCUGCUCACAGGCAGUUCCGUUGGUGCCGCUGACAGAAGAAAAUGAAGAAGCAUUGGAAAAUGAACAGUUUCAGCAGCUGUUGCGCAAGCUAGGGGUUCGGCCUCCUGCCUCUGGGCAGGAAACCUUCUGGCGAAUUCCAGCCAAGCUGAGUCCCACCCAGCUCCGGAGAGUAGCAGCUUCCUUGAGUCAAUCAGAGGAAGAGGAAAAGCUUCAGCCAGGGCUAGAACCUAAAGUCCCUGCAGAACAAGGCCCUGGGGAGGAGCACCAAGAGGAUCAUCAAAAGGAGCAUCGAGCACAAGCACUGAGGGCCCUCCUGUUAGCCCGAAAAAAGAAAGCAGGCCUGGUGUCCCCAGAGGAGGAAGUGACUGCUGGUGAGAAAGAGCAGCUGAAAGUGGCCCCCAAGAAGCGACAGCUGCUGGACAGCGAUGAGGAGCAGGAGGAAGAUGAGGGCAGCAGCAAAGCACCAGAGUCGGGAGCUCCAGGAAUCCAAAAGAAGAAACGGUUUCACAUUGAGGAUGAAGAUGAGAACGACUGAAGAGCCAGAAGCCUGGGGAUAGAGAUAGACCUGUCUUUAGGUGGUGAAUUUAAAUCAGAGUAGGGAGCUCACACAGGACCCAGAAACUCCUCCUUCUGACAGAAGCAGUGGAGUCCUGGGCUUCCCGUGGAUUUAGGGUCUGGGAGGUUCAGGCAACAGUGUUGGACUCCUCUACAGUCACUUCUUGCUUCUCCCAGUUUUAUCAGUAUGCCUCAGUAGCUCUCUGGAGACUUACUCCUCUUCUUCUAGGAACCAUUUCUUUGGUUUAUUCAUGCCCCUUAGCAAAAGAGAGGAGCAGGUGAAAUAUAGAAGGCAACUUAGACCCCUCUUAUAGGUCUGUUCUUCUUGGUUUUCUGCUGGACGUGGGUCACAGCAUCAGAUGGGGAGCUUUGUGACAUGAUUGGUGGGGGUGUUGCACCAUUUUUAAAAGGCACCAGAUGCUCCCAUCCUCAUUUUCUUUCCUAUGAUCACCUCCUAGACACCAGAUUGAGCCCAAUUCCUGCAGUCCAGGUAGGGUUGGGAUGCAGUACUCUCCAGAUGAUGAAUGUGUUUGGUUUGCGUUUGGUGUUGAAUUAAACAUGUAAAAUUACAAGUU